UUAUUGGGUGACCACGAGCUCACCAUUACACCAUAUAUACACAUAAAUAUUUAUGAUAAGACCAUACACCAUCGUCUUGAAGGUGGGAAAAUGGAGCUUCCUUUGUUUGCAAUCCUUCAAAGAACACCAAGAAUCGCAGUUACAUUAGCAUUUGUUCUAUUUCUCCUCACAAUAGUCCCUGCUUUAUAUUCUCUCCUUGCCUAUCCAAUCUCACCUCUAUCAAUCUCAUCACUAGCAACUGAUCGUCCCCCUCCAUCCGAUGAUCAUACUCGUCUAAGUCAACUAAGUUCUUUAUCAAAUCCCAUUCACGCUCCACCUGACCAUACGCCUUCAAGACAUCGGGAUUCAUCAUCAGAUCAGAGUCCUUCACCUGAGAAUGGUCCCAUUCCGGCUCCAUCUCAUCAUACGACUUUAAGACAUCGCAAGUCUUCGUCUGGUCAGAUUCCUACACCCAAGAAUGGUCCAAUUCCCUCUCCAUCCAAUCAUACACGUCUAAGUCAACUGAGUUCUUUAUCAAAUCAGACUCCUUCACCAGUGCCAACAUCUGAUGAUCAGUCUUUCCCUGUCACUGCAUCAGUAUCGAGGACGCCGAUCAGAGAUGAUGAGCAGAGGUGUGAUCUUUUUACUGGGGAAUGGGUACCGAAUGAGGAAGCUCCAUAUUACACAAACACAACGUGUUGGGCAAUACACGAGCACCAGAACUGCAUGAAGUACGGGAGACCAGACACCGGUUUCAUGAAAUGGAGGUGGAAGCCAGACAGCUGUGACCUCCCAAUCUUUGAUCCUCAAGAGUUCUUGGAAAUGGUUAGAGGGAAAGCCAUGGGGUUUGUUGGUGAUUCCAUCAGCAGAAACCAAGUCCAAUCUCUCUUGUGCCUCCUGUCUAAGGUGGAAUAUCCUGAAGACAUUUCUUCUUCUCCAGAUACAGAUUUCAAAAUAUGGAACUACACAUCCUAUAACUUCACUCUUCAUGCUAUGUGGUCACCAUUUCUAGUCAAGUCUACUAAGCCUCCGAAGUCCAGCCUCUUCAGCCUUUACCUUGACGAGUAUGACACCAAGUGGACUAGUCAGAUCGACCGGCUCGACUACCUGGUUAUAUCAUCCGGCCACUGGUUUUACCGGCCGGUUAUUUUCUAUGAAAACAAGAAAAUCACUGGGUGCCAAUACUGUGAGUUACCAAAUACGACCGAGUUGCCUUUGUACUACGGAUACAGGAAGGCUCUAAGAAUAUCUCUAAAAGCUAUACUCCACAAUUUCAAGGGUCUGGCGUUUUUGAGGAGUUUUUCUCCUCAACAUUUCGAAGGUGGGGCGUGGAAUGAAGGAGGGGACUGUGUAAGGACACGGCCUUACAGAAGAAACGAGACUAUACCUGAAGGUGCAGAUCUCAAGAUUCACGACAUUCAACUAGACGAAUUUAGAGCUGCAGAAGAAGAAGGAAGGAAGAAGAAAGGUUUGAGGCUCAGGUUAAUGGACACGACACAGGCAAUGCUCUUGCGACCAGAUGGGCAUCCUGGGAGAUACGGCCAUCUGCCGAAUGCAAAGGUGACUUUAAGAAAUGACUGUAUUCAUUGGUGCCUGCCUGGACCUAUUGAUACUUGGAAUGAUAUAUUGCUACAAAUGAUGAAGACAGAGGAGUAGAAACCAUUCCCUAAGAAUGAGUUGAAGAAACUAAUAUCCAAAAUUAAUAAAAAAUUGUAAAGAAAGAUUCUUGU